CGUUGGCUCGCACCGCCGCUCCACUGUCCCGACCCGCACUCGCGAUGCUGGCGCUGCGCAGCGGCUCCCGCCUGCUGGGCCUGCUUCCCUGCCCGCGCUCCGCGCCGCUGCGGUUCCCGGCGACCCGAGCUUGCAGCAGCAGCAGCAGCGGCGGCGGCACCCGCAGUUCCUCCUCUUCCCCUGGAAACCCGCUUGUGUACCUGGACGUGGGUGCCGACGGGCAGCCCCUCGGCCGCGUGGUGCUGGAGCUGAAGGCAGAUGUUGUCCCAAAGACAGCAGAGAACUUCAGAGCCCUGUGUACCGGGGAGAAGGGCUUUGGCUACAAAGGUUCCACCUUUCACCGAGUGAUUCCAUCCUUCAUGUGCCAGGCGGGUGACUUCACCAACCACAAUGGCACAGGGGGCAAAUCCAUCUAUGGCAGCCGCUUUCCAGAUGAAAACUUCACGCUGAAGCACGUGGGACCAGGUGUGCUGUCCAUGGCAAAUGCAGGCCCCAACACCAAUGGCUCCCAGUUCUUCAUCUGCACCAUAAAGACGGACUGGCUGGAUGGCAAACAUGUCGUGUUUGGCCAUGUCAAAGAGGGCAUGGAUGUCGUGAAGAAAAUAGAGUCUCUUGGCUCCAAGAGUGGGAAACCAUCCAAGAAGAUUGUCAUCACAGACUGUGGCCAGUUGAGCUAACCCACCGGGGCUCCAGGCCAGCAGCAGCGCGCGUGUGUGACUCACCCAGGUAGCUGCCAUGGGCUCCUGGUGAAGGUGCCCUAGGUGGCCUGUGCUCGCUCCACCAUCACUGCACUCGAGGAAUACCUCUCAGGAAUCUGGGGCCCCGGGGCCACCAGACUGCUUCCCAUGUCCGCUCUUCCCCACUACUCUGUUUCUGGACGCCGCGCAUCACGGCUAAGUGUCGCCUGCUCCUCAAGCCUCCCUGUGGGGGCCCAGCCCGAGUUCACCUGUGCCUUGGACGCCAGGGUGGUGAAGACUGUCUUCCAGGGAAGAUCUCUGCCUUUUGCUCGGCCACAGGACAAAACCUGUUGCUGCAAAAGGACUGUUGUAUCCAUCUACUUCCGUCUUCCUAGUUGUAAUAAUCUGAUGAGCAAGGUUGCCUGGAGGUGAGGCUGUUGCACUGCACAGUGCUGUGGUGUGACCUGGCUGGUGACCCAGGCCCGGGGCUCGGCCUUUGAGGGCUUCUGUGAAAGGUCCUCGGCCAAGGCUCUCAGCCUAGCUACUGUGAAUCCUGCUGGCUUGCUGCUGUUGAUUCUGUGGAGACCUGGAGGGGUGAACCAGGGAACAACAGCCGUGUGAGCUGUGCCUAUCAAUGUGAAUUGCUGUGUCAGCCUGGAAAUGGCUCCUAAAAACUGUAUUCCCUGAAGGUCAGUGCGUGCUGCCUGGCAGGCUUUGAUUUUUUUUUCUGUUUAGUAAAUCAAAUCUAAUUCUAGAUCUAAUAUACUUCUGGAACAUUUAUUUAUGUUCACCUUAAAUGUGACAAUAAAUCCUAUUUUCUAUAAAACAC